AUGGCCAAAGAAUUCCUCCAAAAGCUCAACAUUCAAGACGACGAGAUUCAAUCAAAGAAACGAGUCGUCACCGAGAUUAUUGAGCACCGGCAAGAGAUCGGAGUCCUCAAGGAACAGAACAGAGCUCUGCGGGAGGAGAAUGCGGUUUUGAAGGCUGCGCAAAAAAUGAACGAUGACCACUCUCGAGCGAUCCCUACUCGAGAAGCUUGCUCAGCAGGUUGGUGUGCCGGAAUCCAUGGCGAGCGCCAAGGAGAACACCAAAGAGCACCUCAAGCCGCUCAUGUACCCUCUCUACAUGACAAUAUUGGUCUGCAAAAACAUCGCUUGAAUCACACCAUUGUACAUCGAUCGCCGAACUACGAGGCUGGCCUCCGGAAUUGGAAAGGUGCAAGGAUCGAAGAAAAGAGGUUUCAGAUCAUCUAUGCUCAUCUAGUUGAUAUCGAUUGCGUCGGACAACAAGCGAUCCGAAGCACCCAUUUUGAAAGUUUGAGGAUAUGUCCAUCAAGGAAGCCAGCAAGGACCGGCUGGAUAGUAGGGACGUCGCCGUUAUCGAGGGGGAGAUCUCUCUUCAAGCAAUCGGACGCGCUCCAGCAUUCGGGCCCUGAAUCUCCGAUAUCGGGACAAGGCGAGAACUGGAACCGAAACGACGGAGAGCUCAAGGAUCUUCGUCAGUUGGCCACCCGUAUCGCACGAAGACGCUCAGCGCUCUACCCGACCAACCCGUUGAUGGCGUCGAGCACGGGGGUGCUUCAUGUGAUUUUGAAGAGGGAACCGGAUCGCGUCGACCCAACGAGCACUUUACAGGAACUCUGGCGGGAUGAAAAUACCAGAAACGCACCGCGCUUUCAUCGACCAAGUCUAAAAGGGCUUAUCACUACGUGGCCUUUCAAUAUCCGUUCAAGAUCGUCAACGGCCGAGUACAAGUUAGCAGAUGAUCAUGCGGUAUCGCCAAGAUGUCUUACCCAAGACCGUAGUGUUGUGGCUGAUGCCGUUUCGAUUGGGCGAUCGAUCAUACAGACCGAGACGACCUACCAGGGGGAGCUCGUGCUGGCACGGGAAACGCUGGUUGUCGGUUUCAUAAGGUCCUGGUUUCACAAGGCGACGGAAGAAAUCGAGGCUAGAUCACUACUUGCACUUCACAACACGAUCUCGUACUGCAUAGAGCCCGAAUCAAAGGAUGGUCCGAAAACAGCAUACUCCAAACUUCACGUCGGAAAGAAGGCGACUCUCAGUUGCGGCAAGGCGACGAAUUACAUUUUCGCCUUUGAGCAUUAG